AUGGCGACCCACAGAGACGUUAUUUGUAAAUUAGAUGAAAAAUCCUCAAGUUUGCAAUGUAGAAUUUCUCGAUUACAUCAAAUUAUUCAUCUAAACGAAACCCAAAAGUUACACCACGAUUACAAGGGCCAGUUUAUGUUCUUACAUGACCAUGAUGGCAAUUUGAAUGUCUUAAAUUCUAAAACCAAACAAUGUUUACAAAUUUUGCCAUCUUUAUUGAGCAGUUUCAGUUUUGAUGGUAAAUCAAAUCAAAUUCAUGGAAUUGAUAAAAACAACAAUAUUCAGAUUUAUGUAUAUACAGCUGUAAACAAAACAUUUGUUUUAAUCAAUGAGAUCCCAUUUAAAGAUCUACAAGAGCAGUUAGUUGAAGCUGGUAUCAAAGAAGUUAACUUUGUAAAAAUUCUUCAUUGUGUAGGAAACAAUGAUUUAUUAUUAGUAAACAACAGUAUUAUCACAACAGUGCAAGUCAGUCAGGAUGACCCCUAUACAAUUGAAGUCUUCAUUUUACCUGUUAAAAAUUCUGAUGAAUCAUGUCUGUAUCAAAUGGUGGCUGACACUUUACUGGUAUUACAAACUGACCAAGUACAAAUUUCUGCAUAUGAUGUUGUAAAAAAUUCUUUUAUUUGGAAAAUAAAUUUAAAUAAAAUGGAAAUAGAAUGGAGAAAUAUCUUGUCAUGGACAAUGUCUCAUGAUUUGUCGUACCUGUUGAUAUUAAGUAACAAAAUGAUUUAUCAUAUUAACAUUAAGGACUUCAUUCUAUCGAAUCCAAAUUGUUUGAUCGAAAAUAAUAGAAGCUCCGACAACUACUCCAUCAAUCAAACAUUCUACACUUGUCAUUUUGGUGAUCAAGUGUGGAAAGAAAAUUUGUCUGAUUUAAACAGAGAUAUACAGAAACGAAGUGAACCCUGGUAUAAACAAUUGUUUGAUAAGUCAUCAAAGCAAGGUGUCAAAAUCUCGGGUUUUUCAAAGACUUCUGAAUCAAAGACAGAAAUGCUAUCUGCAAUGUUUGACAAAAUUUAUCCAAUCCCAGAAAGGUUUGAAAACGAUAAAGUUGAGCAAAUUGUUAUAAAUCAACAAACUGUAUCAAUUGUGUUUCAAAAUGUAGAUAAUAAACAAGUGCUGUGUAUUAUAGAUUUACCCAAAAAACAAUUUUAUUCACAUAGUGUUCCUUCAGAUCAGAAAAUAGUUUUAUCAAACAAGCCAGAUUUUCCUCAUUUAGUCAUAUCCAGACAGUAUUUAAUUUUUAUAUCAAAGAGUGACACACAAGAAGAGUUGGUCAGUAAGAUGAUGUUAUAUGGUGGGGCAUCAUCAGCUGAUCAGUUAUGUCAUUUAAAUAAAUGGGAGAGAGGUUCAAUACCUAUACCAGCCCUAGAAGUAGGCUUAAAACAUAGACAAUUAGAUACUGUAGCUUUCUUCUUGAAGAGUAAAGAAAGAUUAUUUUCUGCUUCAAGUCACCAACCACCCAUCUCACCAUCAGCUAGUGUAGAAGAAGCAUCCCUAUGGCAACCAACAUUUCAUCACUAUGGCAACAUAAAGAACUUAGAACCUGCUUUAUUUCUAUUGGUUGAUACAGUGAAAGAUUGUGCUUCCCAUAACCAAUCACAUUACUUUGCCCACAAUCUUUUAACCUUGACAUUGAAUUUCCUUUAUGACAACUUGCAUGAUGGACUAGAAGUGUCAAAGUCUUUGGGGACAAGUGAAGGAGACAAUCGCGUAAGAGAAGAUUUACAAAAGGCCUUAGAUUUAUUGAUGAAUUUUAUAGCUGAAUUACGGUGCUGUUUAAAACUUGUAAAUGUUAAAUCUCCAUACAGACAACAAUCUAGUAUUAGAGAUGUCACAGGUAUCAUGGAAGAAGUUGAUGGCAGUCAGAUAGAUCCAUUAGACAAGGGCAUUGAGGAAGCGAUAGAAGCAGCCGCAAAUCAGAAUGAUUUACCUGAAUUACAACACCAUCUGUUGGUGAAGGGGAAGCAAACCAGUUAUAGCCAGUUGGUUAAAAUUGGUGUUAAUACAGCAGUAGCUCAUUUAGCAAAGCAUGAAACAGAAAUGGCAAAAAUUAUCAUAUUACAAUUGGGAUUUGACUAUAUAGAGAAACUGUGGGAUAUUGUUUUAUAUGUCAACGACUAUAAUUUACAACAGUUUAUAUUAAAACAACUCCAGUCUUCUGAUGACAUCAACCAAACACAACAAGAACUGAUAAAAUAUAUCCAAAUAUUAAAUAAACAUUAUCCUCUACAUUCGUUCAGCCAAGCUUUUUUUGUAAAAAAUUCCUAUAGUAGGAGUAUUCAGUGGUCUGAAACCAAUCCACUCUUCAGAAGUCGAUCAAACAAUCAGAGUGACCUAUCUCAGGUAUGUGGUGAUAUUUACCAUGGUAAUACCGAGAAAACAGAUGGGCCUUAUUCAGCAUUGUUGUUAGAUUGGGUGACAUACUGGGAUGAAGAAACUAAAGAAAGAGUUUUACUUGAUACCAUAAUUUUAAAAUCAGAUUUCAAUAUGGAAGAUUACAAGAAUCACAGAUUAUUGUGGAAAUAUGUUUUGAGUCACAACUUGAAGACAGAAGCUGUUUACCUCCUAGAUUUAAUUAUAAAACAACUACGAUCAAAAUCUGCUGAGGAAAGACAGAAUAUGACUGACUGGUUAUGGCAAAGUUUAAAAUAUGCUGGAAGUUAUAUUAAACUGCUGAUUACCACAGAACUUAUAAAACAAGGUUUAUUUACAGAAAAUAUACAUGGUGAUAUUUUACCUGUAUUAGAAGAUCUAGUCAAGGUGGGUGGAGUCAUUCAAAAACCACACCCACUAACUAAUAUACAUGACCUAGACCUCUUCCAUCUGACAUUUAUCAACUAUUGUACCAAUCAGCAACUAGUAUUACCAUUAUGGAGAUACUGCCAGGUACACAGAUUAAAACUAAAUCAAAUUCAUAUAGAAAAUCCUGACAUGGUUCGAUGGUUUGAUUAUUUUUGUAAAUUAUUUACAAUUUCACAAUCUUCUUCAUGUUCCGAUGCUAUAUUUGAAGCAAGUUUCUCCUCUUCUUGUUAUAUUUGGUCAUCUGACCUUAGUUUGGCUGACAUGAUGGUAAAAGAUCAUGUGAUGGCUGCCAUAGCAACACUUCCUUUCUCUCCUAGUCCUGUACAUCAGAUUUCAGAAGAUAGUGGUCUGUUCACUGGUAUAGACAAAUUAACAAUAGAAAGAACAUUAAAACCAUUUCCUAAACUUUAUUCAGCUUUAGUACCAUCUAGCCGGGAAUCAUUACAAUGUGAUAUUAAUAUAUAUCAAUUGCUUCAAGAUAAUGCACCUUUUGAUGUAAGACGUUUAUUUGGUUGGCAGAACUCAAACACGCUUGCUGGAGAAGAUUGUAGGAAAGUAUUGCCUUAUUUUUCUCAACCAGAACUGGUUUCACAGUUUGCUUACUCAGAGAAAAUUCAGUUUACAUAUUACUUAAAACAAGGUAGACCAUGCUAUGCCUUUCUUUCCUUCUUAGCAGAAGAAUUAGCACCAGGAACCUCAACUAUCAAUAAUAAAAGAAUACAGACAGCGUGUGGUAUUAGUUUGUGGGUAGCUGUUAAAAACUUUAAUAGAGCACAGAUAGCUAGUUCAUGUGUUGCCUUUGUUGAUAUGUUAGGACAAGAUAGUGUAACUAUUAGAACUUUUCUACAAGUAGCAUCAACUAUAUUAUCAUAUAAAAAUACAGGAUUGGUGGCUAAUAUUGAAAAACAUAAAAUAACUAUGAAAAAUAAUGAAGAAGAAAUAAUAUCAUUACUUGGAGCUUGUAUUCGAAGGAGAAGGGUUUAUAGUCCCAAAGUUUUAAUCUUGUUAGAACAAGCUAUUAGUGAUAAUAUACAGAAGAACAAUAUUUCAAGCUGUAGUUUUGAAGCAGCAGAUAAAUGGUUGCUUGCUGUAUUAUUCUGUCAUCUUCAACGGUUACCCUUGACAACUAAAUUUCUAGAAGUGUGUGCCCGAUCUGACAAAUGGCUUCCAUUUAUAUGGUUUGCCCAAUUUCAUCAAUACCCACGACAGCAGCUUCAAGGACUGCUGCAUCAGUUCCGCAGUCGUCAUUUACGAGACCAUCUACAUUACGUAAUAGAAAAUGCAGAUGCUAAAUCAUUGGCAGCACCCCGUGAGAAAUUAGUACAGGGAGAAGAUGAUAAGCAGAAGACAACAGGAACUAAAGAUGUCAGGUCAUCUUUAUAUUCAAAAAUCGGUGUCGCAACUGCCAAAGAAAAUGAAGAGUGGAGUAGUGAGGAAGAAGCAGAAAUUAGUUUACCGCCUUCUUUAGAAUCAUUGAUAAAACUAGAACAGGAAGUUCCUACUGUAACACUGGAAUCUGCAGCGGAAGAUGUAUUUGGUGUUGUUUUUGAUGCUCAGAAUACUCCAUCACCAUGGAAAUCGCUACUCUCACAUUCCGUUAUUCUGAAAAAUCCAUUAUUUGCUGAGUUGGCAUUCUGUGAAAAUGAUUCAGCUAUACUGCCAUGUCUGUGUGGCUGGUUGGUUGCUAUGAUGGAUAUGAGUGAGCAUAAGAAGUUUCUUGGGAAUUAUGGGACAUCUGCAUAUAAAUGGUCAAUGAAAGAGUUGGACAUAUUGCUGGAUAUUUAUUUAAAGGAACGUUGGGAUUUUACUUUGGCUGUUGCCUUUGAUAUCUUUCAACCAGAGAUUCCAUUGCUGUAUUUCUUAAAGUUUUCUGCUGAGUUUAUACAACGUAAAGAUCAUGAGGCUUGUAAAAAUUAUCUGGGUGAUUUUAAAGAAGCCAUGUAUAGUUUUUCACAGCAGAAAGAGAAAGAAGAUCUGAGUUUAUUAGAUGAUAGUUUAUGGUUAGAAAAAAGUGUAUAUAGAAUAAUUAAACAUUAUUUAACAAAUUUAAAAUCCUCCUAUUUACUUCAACAUUUUCUUAAACUAUUGGAUCAAGAAAAUAUAGCACUGGUUUUUAGUUUUGAUGUUCCAGAUUUUGGAAAGCUACAUAAAUUAUCAGAAAUUCUUCACAUAAAUGAAAUUGAUUUGGAGAAAUUUUCCGACCUCUUGUUACCUACCAAUUCCAGAUAUGAAACUGCUUGUCAAUCAGCUGUCAAUCAAAUGAUAGAAAAAAAGUCUUUCAUUGAUGCUCGAAGAUUUGCAGAAUUAGCUAAAAUAAAUGGAGAUUAUAUAACAGUUGCUCAGUUGGAGAACGAUAAGAAGACUCUUAUAUCCAGCAACAUAUGGUCAUCACGAGUAGCUCGGAUCAACUAUUGGAAACAUUGUUCUACAUGUUUUAAACAGAAUAAUCAGAUAGCUUUAGAUGCUAUUACACAAUUCUUUCAGAAAGAAGUAGAUGUUAUAGAGAAUGUAGAAGAGAAAUCUGUUAUAUAUGGUCUAUGUUAUAAACAUGUCGUCGAUCUAGGUACAGAGAUGAAUAAAGAUUUAUUAGAUGAAUUUUAUUGUCACAUGUGGAAAUGUCGUAUUAUGCAUCAUAUUCAGAAGAUUGAUUGUCCAGAAGCUGUUCAGCCAUUGGAUGAAAUUUUAUCAUCGGUACAGCCAGAAGUAUCUGGGAAGAAACUGGCAGAAAAAUCAGAACUUCUACAUUAUGGAAAGAUGCCAUCUGCUACUGGUGAAUCAUUGUCUACAUUAGAUGAAAAGGAGAAAGAAGCUUUAGAUGUUUUGAUAUCUGAAUUAUUAACUGGUGGAAAUAUUAUAGAAAGUUGUCGUGUGACUGCUGUAUUCUCUCAUUAUAGUCAAGAUUUAGCCAUUAUACUAACCUGUAUCAGAUUAAGCAUAGGAUCUAUAGAAGUAGACCAAAUUGAUCCAGUGUUAAAGAAAUUAUUGACACAGUUUAAACCCCGUAAAAGUGUAUCAGUGUUAAUGUCCACAUCUGUUAGUUCUAUGAGUUUAUCUGGUGCCACAUCAAUGUGGAACAAUCUACCAAUAGAGAAAGAGAAAGUGAUUGAAACUAUGGAGAGGUUACAAGGAUACUGUGUUAAAGGACAACAAUGUUGUUUAAGAAUUAUAACUGCCUUUAAAGUAGCAUGUAUUUUAGAGAUGUCAUAUAAAGAUGUGGUGACUAGUAAUGAAUUUGAUAUCCUGCGUGAUCUAUUAAAUACAGAUUUUGCUGCACGGUUUAUUUUAGCUAAAGAUUUCUUAGCUACAAGUUCACUGACUGAUACUGAGGUAGCAGGAUUUUUAGCUGACUCAAUUCUACAGACGUUAAGCUGUGAUGAAGAUAGUGAUUUAACAAAUGAUACUCUAACCAGUGAUAGAACAAUGAUAUUAAACUCUGGUGGUGCAGAACAAUAUAUAAAACUAUGUCAAAAUCCUAGUAUACUUGGUGAUAGAUUAUUACAGACCGUUAAUACCGAUACAGGGGAGAUAACUCAUUCAACAUUAACAUUACAUACAGAGUUAUUAGUAUUAGCCCAUGAAUGUCAUACGAUAGCGUGUAAUAUGGAAGGUAUAUCACAUGUUUUAAGAGCUGCUAGAAUCAUGACAGAUAAUCUUAGUAAAGCUGAAGAAUUUCCUUUAAUGAUUAGAUUAUUGACUGGUGUGGGAAGAUUUAGUGAGAUGACUUAUAUAUUCGAUGCUUUAAAACUACAUUAUCAGUUUGAAAUGUUACUGAGGAAAGGAAUAGAAAAGGAAGAUAAGUUGAAAAUUGCCAUCCUGGAUUAUUUGACUAGAUUUCAUCCAGCAGAUAAUGAUUCAUACACUAUGGUAGCGUUAAAUUUUAUGAUGUAUCGAGAAAUAGCCAACAUGUUAGAAGAGAGAGGAAAACGUUGUUUAAAAUCUUUACAACAAAAGCCACUUGAAAACAAUAAAGAGACCCAAGAUGCAUUGAGAGAAAGUGCUCAGUAUUUUGCUGAUGCAGCAGAGCGAUAUGUCAAAGAGAACUGUGUUCGUCAUGCUCACCAGUGUAUCAGACAGGCUCGAUUAGUGGCGUUACAGAUACAACUUUUACCAGCGGGUAUCACAGUUGUAAACUUAUCUACUGAUCAACUCACAGAACUCAUGGAACAUCAUCCAAAAUUUCUAGAUACCUUAAUAGUGAGUGAAGCAUAUGCUAAGCGAUGUGAUUGGUCAGCAGCUAUUUAUAAUAAUGUCAUUAUUAAUGGAGAUUUCCGUUACCUACAAGAUCUAAAGUCACAUGUUCAAUUAAAACCAGCAUUAAUUCAAGAUGCUAUAGAAAGGUAUCAACAGUCUAACAGUAUAACCAGUAGUAAUAAUACAACUACCAAAUCAACCAAUGACCAGAUUAUUUUAAAUAUUAAGAAACUGUUAUCAUGUUGUAAAGAUAUUAAAACACAGUAUAAAUUAGCUGUUGAUCUAGGGUUUAAAGAUAUGAUUAAUCAGAUGUUGAAAGGUGAUUCAGGAAGUUAUUUACAAGAUAUAAUAGCCUUAUCCUGACCUGUAAAUGGCAAUCGCUUUUUGUAAAAAUUUAUGUCAGCAACAAUAGUCAAGAUAAUUUAUUAUACAAAAAAUAAAUAUUCAUGGCACAUUUUGUAUUUUGUGAUAGUACAUAUAAUUGUAUUAACUUGAGAUAUUGUUUUAAAAGACUUCAAUAUAUAGCUUUAACAUUUGUAUUGAAUUGUCGCACUUAGUGCACAGCUUAUAUAUUUAUCUCUUAGAAAUGGCCUUUGCUCUUAUAUGAGCAUUCUCAUAAUUUUGUUAACUGAUGUGGCUAUUAUCAAGAGUUAUCUAUCCCUUGAUGAUAUAUUACAGUACUAGGCCUACCAGAGAAAACAAUCAAGAACCGAAUGGUUAGUUUAUCAUUGAUAUAAAAAUUAAUAAUUGUGAUAAUUAUAAAAUAUUGUUAUAUUAUUUAUAUAUUAUGUUAUUGUUUACUUGUGUACAUGUGGUAUAAUAAAAACAAUCGAAAAUAAUUAGAAUUAGAUGACUCUUUGUAUCCUGGGUCUCUGAUUUGGCAUGUCCACCCAGAGUUAAUUUGACUAUAUUAUUUCUUUUGUAUUUUUAUUCAAAUUAAUAAAAUAAUACAUGACUUUUUAAA